AUGUGGUGUCUAUUGGUAGCUGUUUUGGCUUUGCUGCAGACAAUUCCAGCUGAGGAAUGCAUUGAGUACGAAGAUCAUGAAGCUGAAAUCCAUAAAUGCUGCAGCUAUGUGCCCCCCUUUCCGAGGGACACCUUUAGAGAAUGCCAAAAUCAAGCGGAAGAGAAAGCAGACGGAGACAAGCACGAUUUUAUGGCGUGUCUGUUCCAAUGCUAUUUCAACACCCUAGAGAUCGUCAGCGGGGAUGAAGAUACGCUCAACCAGGACAAGAUCGCUGAAUACCUGCAUCAGAUGAGCGAAAACGCCCGGAACAUUCUGCUCGCCGCGUACAAGGAGUGUGCCGCGAAGACUACCGGUAUCGUGGAUGUGUGUAACUCCUACGCAAUGGACAUCGAAAUGUGCGCCAUUCAGUUAUUUGAACGUCAAUGCCCGGACGAGAUGUUCAAUCCAAGUGAGAUCUGUGACAAGGUGAGAGCCGGUGUUGAGUUUUGCUGA